AUGUCUUCCUUUCUUUUUGCCCCUUUGAAAAGCCGCAGAAUAAGCUGAAACCCUCGUCCAUUUGUAUUGUCGGGACAAAAGAGAGCUCAUUGUGGCCAUGAGGGGUGUGGGGAGCUGCUUGUGGAGGUAAGGGUGCAAGGGGUCAGUGUGCCAGAGAGGAGUUAGUCAGAGUCCGACCCCUGCUGGGUGUAGUGUUUGGGAUUCUGAGCAAGUGUGUGUGUGUGUGUGUGUGUGUGUGUGGAGUGGGGGUAUGGGGGGGUUCAGAGCAGGUAGUGUGUGUGUUUUCUGAAUGAUGAGUUGCAAUGCUAUGCAUUUAUCCAGCUGGGAGAGGCUUUCAGCAGAGAGGCACAGGGCUGGGGGUGUGAGGUUAUUUUGAAGGGAGGGUUGGGUGAGUGACGGGGACGCCAGCGUGCUGCUUCUCUCACGCCCCAGCAUGAGUUUAGACGGCUCCUGCUGCCACAGAACACCAGUCCUGGAAAUGGAGCUGCUGAUAGGGAAGCACAGGGCUGCUCAACCACUGGAUUGUACUUUGUGGAUUUGACUCUACUCAUUUCUUCAUUAAAAGUACUGGAAUUUUGCUUAGGUGCCUAAAUGUUGUCACUUAACAAAAUGCACUCUAGAGCAAAGUCAAGGAGCUGUGACAACUACCUGAGUAUCAAGGACGCUGAGUCUUUGGACAACUGCAUCCAGAGCACAUUGUCUGUCCUUUACCACCCAUUUAGCGCUACCGCCUCCACCGUCCUGUGGCAGCUUUUCAGCGUGGUUGAAAGACAGUACCGUGGUGACGGCCUCCGCUGCUUCAUUGACUUUUUGCUUCCUGCCAAGAGGAUCCUCCAGACCAUCCAACAAGAAACUUGUAUAAGGUUUAGAGGACUGCUGCUCUAUCAUGAAGGGUGGCCUCUUUGCAUUCACGACAAAGUGGUUUUGCAGCUCUGCCCCUUGCACAAAGUGAGACUAAAGCAAGGAGACUUCUACCUACAAGUUGUACCUUUAGGGCGAAAGACAGCCAAACUUGUGAUAAAAUGCCUUUCGUCCAGUGGACAGGCUAUCGUGGAGAUCUCUGUUGCGGAGAGCAUGUAUGGCAGCGUCUUCACCACUGAGUUCCUGCAGAAUGUAACACUUGAACGGAACCUGCACCCGCUACAGAACUGCCUGCUCACGACCGGUACAUCGGUGUACAGGACCCCGUGGAAGAACGUGGUCAACCCGCCCUUUGUCAGCAACACGGCAGAAGUCGUCAUGCAAGCGCACUGCAGCAGGGGGGGCUUUCGCGGCCAACUUAGCGCAUGCAGCACCAGCGGAUCCACGGGCACCCUGGACAGCCACCGCAGUUCCAGGGAGUCCCUCCAAUCUCAGGGAGCAGACUUAACCUUCUCAGAGCCCGUCUCGCCAAACAUAAGCCACGCGGAUGCCAGCAGCAAUAGCCAUAGCACAAGUGGAGUAGACAUAACAACUCCUGUCAUUCAGCUCAGUCCCAGUGAAGAUUGUGGGACAGAGCACAGACGGGAGAACUUUGCUGGGAGAGAGAGAGGACAAGCAUCAAAGAUGCUUUCGUUUAGUACAGACCUCAGCAAUCCAAGCCCUCGUAGACGACACCCAAGAGACUCUGUAGUCUUUGAGAGCAGAAGACUUUUCAGGAAAUCCUACAUGGAAGCCCUGCAGAACCCCAUGAGCCUUGGGUCUAGCUCUGAGUCCAUCCUGGAAGAAAGUACGGAGCAUAGCGAUCUAAAAGGGAGGUCUGUGACACUAGGCAGCAGCCCGGAGGCCUGCACUUCUUCUCAUGAACACUUAGCCAGGAGGUUGGGGAGCCGAGGAUGGCUCAGUGGUGACGACUCGUGGUCCAGCACACCUUUACAUUACUUACAAAGAGGGCUGCGGAGCGCAGAGAGGCGGGCGGAACGCCGCUCCAAGUCGUUGGAGAGGACUAAUAAGGCAGGCCAAAUUAAAGCUCACCGAGAGAGGUCUUCUUCUGGGGGAUCAGCCAGCAUCUCCCCCAAAAAGCUGAUGAAUGGGUAUGUUCUUCGCUUUGGGAAGUUGGAAGUGGAGACCGUUCUUCCUGGCUCUGAGAGGAGAAGCGGCAAAGAGGGGUCAGGGCAGCAAGACGACAGCAGUGAUAUCAGGAGGUCAGGACUUGUGGAGGAGGAAUCCCACUGUCCAAAAACUGUCAAAGGGUCGGCCAUCAAGGUGGUACUGUCGUCAUCAAGCUUAUCCAAUGAUAGUGACUUGUCCCUCCCCAAGCGGGUGUCAGAGGUCAAUCAGGACCUGCUUGCAUCAGGUGCAGUAAUCUUGCCAGGAAGCAGAGAUCGCAGUGGGAGGGCGGUGUUGCAGGUGUGCACCAGAGCUCAGGUGUGGGCUGGUGAAAGCUGCACAGUCCAUGACCUCACCUGUUUAAUGGCCUACUACCACUCCACUCUGCGGAAAGAAAAGCGUGAUGAAGGUCUGACAGUAGUGAUCGACAGCAGGAGGCAGCAUCCUGUUCCAGCUCUUUUGUCAUUUCUGUCUGAAUUUCAGACAUUGGUACCAAAUGCACUUUACUUAGUUCUGUUCUUGGUGGAUAAGGAAGUGGUUGGCAAACCUGAAAGAGACAUGUUCAACGUACAAACGGAGACACUUUCAUCGUUAAAGGCCCUACUGAAGCACAUCGAGCAGAACCAGCUCACUCCUGACCUAGAGGGCACAUUUAGUUAUGAUCACAACCACUGGAUCCUCUUCAGACAGAAAAUUGAACCAUUUGCCAGCAGUUGUAGUGAAGCCGUCUCUUCCCUCCAGGAGUCUAUCGCCACGUUAAGCGACAGAGGCAACCUGAAAACAUGUGAGGUGUCUCAGAUGAUGGAGCAGCAGAAGCAUCUCAUGAAGUGUGUCCUGGAUGACACCCACCUAAAUAGGUUACGUCUGGAAGGAGGCACAAUCCUCGCCCGCAUCAGGAAGGAAGAGGCUUGUGACAAUGACAGCUACAGGGAUGCUGUAGAUAUGUUAAAUGCACUGUACAACCAACUGGAUGAGGUGGUCCAUGAGCUUGUGAUCCUGUCCAACAAGUCUCAGAAGGACUUAGAAAGCCUGUUGGAGGUGCGCAGGUUUGAGGAACAAACCCAACAGGUCAAACUGUGGUUCAAUGUGGAGGGAGAGAAACAUCUUACACCUUUAGAAUCACUUACAUUGUCUGUGAGCAAAAUAAAAGACAUGAAGAAGAGUUUGGAGCAAUUUCUGGAGGAGUCAGUGCACCAGCAGAGACAGGCCCUGCACAUGGUAAACGAGUCUCCACAGUCCAUUCCAGGCUCAGUUUUCUUGGAAUUCAAGCAGCAUAUUGGCUCCAUCCUGAGCAGAGCGGAGAAAAGGAAGUCACUCUUGGACAUCCUGAGCACCCUUUAUGAGUUCUAUGACUCUGUGAACCAGUGGAUGGAGCACUGUCAGGACUACAUCAGUCACUUGAACACCUCAGGAAAAGCACUUUCACCUGCUGUGGUCCAAACCCUGCAGGAUUACUGCACAGAGGCCUCCAAAUUCUCCAUGGACAACUUCAGCACAUUAAAUGACACGGUGCUCUCCUUGGAUAGUCCUCCACAAGUGCAGCAGUGGAACAUGGUGUGGCACAAGUGUCAGCAGACCAAGCACCAGUUAGAGGAAGCGGUAGUCCGAGCCACGUCGUCAGACGCCAUGGCCGCUGACCUGACAUAUGCUGUUAAACCUACAGAGACCCAGAAUAGUGCACCAGAAGAGAGUGGAAGUGUGCGUCUAAGUGAAGGGUCUACUUGCUCCAGCAGGGCAGCUACACCCCUGACCGUCGAGGAUUCAAAACCUAUAUCCAAAAGCCUUUCUGGUUCUAUCUCCUCCUCCUCGUCACGCUUUACUUUCCCCCUUGACAGCACACUAAACGCAUCCAUGUUUGACGACACGGACAGCGACUGCACUAUCGACUCCACCGUCUCAUGCCACUCUGAGCCCAUCUCGUCUCGAGUACGCAAGCCGCCAAUGAAGAAGAUCAUGAAGAAGACCACGAGUUAUGAGCUGACGCACAGAGACGGCGGUCAUUCGGACGUCAGCCAUGUGCAUGGUUACACGGGCGUCUAUAUCAAGGGGCUGGAGGUGGCCAAUAACGUGUCUGCGGAGAAGAAGCUGCAAAGACCUGAUGUCAUGAGCCCAACGUUAGCGCGUAGUCGUAGCAUGUCCAUACCUUCCAGGAUACAUAACCGACACAUUGAAGGAGAUGGAACGAUACAGAGCAGUAAAGUGCAGCACAUCAUGGAUGAGAUGAUCUCCACCGAGAGGGAGUACGUUCGCUCUCUCAGCUACGUUAUUGAGCAUUAUUUUCCUGAGAUGGAGCGCCUGGAUCUGCCACAGGACCUGAGGGGCAAGCGCAGCAUCAUUUUCGGUAACAUGGAGAAACUGGGGGAUUUCCACACCCAGUACUUCCUCAAAGAACUGGAGGCGUGCGCCCACUCGCCACUGUCCAUCAGCAGCUGUUUUCUCCGACAUGAGGAUCAGUUUGGAAUGUAUGCCCUAUACAGCAAGAAUAAGCCCCGGUCCGACACACUGCUCAGCAGCCAUGGGAACGAAUUCUUUAAGAAUAAACAGCUGGAUUUGGGGGACAAGAUGGACCUGGCGUCCUACCUGCUGAAACCCAUCCAGAGGAUGAGUAAAUAUGCUCUACUGCUGAAGGACCUCAUUAAGGAGUGCAGCCAGUCCCAGACGCAGGAACUGAGUGACCUCCGCACCGCUGAGGAGAUGGUCAAGUUCCAGCUUCGCCACGGCAACGACCUGCUGGCUAUGGACGCCAUCCAGGGCUGUGAUGUGAACCUAAAGGAACAGGGUCAACUCCGCUGCCAGGAUGAGUUCAUUGUCUGGUGCGGACGAAGGAAAUACCUCCGCCACGUCUUCUUGUUUGAAGACCUCAUCCUUUUCAGCAAGACCAAAAAGAUCGAAGGAGGAUAUGACAUUUACAUCUACAAGCAAUCGUACAAAACUGCAGAGAUUGGUAUGACUGAAAAUGUUGGUGACAGCGGACUGCGCUUUGAGAUCUGGUUCCGGCGGAGGAAGUCCCAGGACACGUUCAUCCUGCAAGCCGGCUCUGUGGAGGCGAAAGCUGUGUGGACAUCCAUCAUAGGGAAGAUCCUGUGGAGACAGGCGCUCAGGAACAGAGAGUUGCGCAUGCAGGAGAUGGUGUCCAUGGGCAUUGGAAGCAAGCCUUUCAUGGACAUCAAACCCAGCGAUGCAGCCAUCAAUGACAGAGCUAUCGACUAUAUCAUGAAGGGGUCUGAGUGCAGGACGAGAGCAUCCAUCGCCGUGCCCUCCUAUGAAUACUCGGCUUCCAUCAAGAGACCUCACUCCACCAUCUCCAACAGCAGCACCUCCUCCUCCAGCAGCCAGUCGUCCUCCUCCCUGCUGGGGUCGCUCAACCUCCACCUGUACUCGUCCCCCUCUCACCCACUUGCUCACCCUUAUCCGCUGGUCGCCGUCCCCUCCUUCGCCCAGUGGCCUUACGACUGUAUCGAGGAAGACGAGCUGGAGCAAGACUCCAGUAGCCAGCCCUCCAUGAUAACGGAGAGUUCUGAGACGUCGUCGCAGUGCACCUCCAACGACAGCGUGACCGGCCUCAGCACCCUCACCCUACCUGGCCCCCCCGACAUGGACUCAUUCAACAACAAUGAGGAUGAAUCCCCCUCCUUCCUGUGCUCUUCCACUCCUCCGUCUACAAUGGAGUCCUCCUCCAUCUUCCCCAAAAGUGAAGAACUCCAACAGCAAGGCAACAAGUUCAUCACAGCAAGCAAGACCUCUCAUAUAGCUGUAGGUCUUUCUACAGUGGUGUGACAGAUAGCUCACUGUGAAGUUCUCAACUUGACCUGCGACAUCUGAGCACUAAAGACUCAAAAUGGAAAAAGAAAUGGACAUGAUUGUAAAAAACCAUGAUGGUACUCAUGUGGUUUCCUUCAUAAAAAAACUAUUGAAAUGAGUCUGUGUCUAUAUUGUAGAUGUUUUUUUAUUGUUAUUAUGAUAAGUAUUGUAUAAUUUACAAAGCACAGACUAGCUGACAGAUCUUUCUCUACUGUCAUAUUAUUACUUUUGUGUGCUGUUCAGCCUUGUACAGAUUAUUAAAAAGUUUGUAUCAAA